ACGAGAAAACGUUUCCGUUUUCCAUUUCCAUUCGUUUGGCGGUUUUCUUCGGAUUUUGUUUCUUCUUUGUUCUAACUUUGAUUUAAUUUUCAUUUUUUUCUAUAUAUUUUGUCAGCUUAUGAACUCAGGGGUUUAAUAGUUCAAUCGAGGAUAGCAAGUUCUCUCUUUUAAACCUCUCAGAUAUCCUUCUCGUUCUCCUCAAAAUCGAUCUGUUCUUGUUAUUCCGAGCGGUUAGAUGCAUUGGUGGCUCAGAGCUGAUGGGUUUGGUGGGCACUCUUCUUGGAAUCAUUGGCUUUGGCUUCGGAAUCCCGAUCGGUCUCUUGGUCGGAUAUUUCUUCUUCAUCAUCUACAGCCCAGGGGAUGUAAAGGAACCCAUCAUCAGACCUCUGAAUGAGCUAGAUUCGGAAAGCUUGUAUAAAGUUCUACCUGAAAUUCCAGCAUGGUUGAAGAAUCCUGACUAUGAUAGGGUUGAAUGGAUGAAUAGAUUUCUUUUUGAUAUGUGGCCUUACUUAGAUAAGGCAAUAUGCAAUGCAAUUAGAAGCUCAACAAGGGCAAUAUUUGACCAAUACGUUGGGAAGUAUUGCAUUGAGUCCAUUGAAUUUGAUAAUCUUACCCUUGGAAGUUUUCCACCAAUAAUUCAUGGAGUUAAAGUGAUAGAGACUCAAGAAAAUGAACUACUUAUUGAGCCAAGGGUUCGAUGGGCAGGUAAUUGCAAUGUCAGUGUGGCUCUAAAACUAUUUUCCUUUAAAUUCACCGUGCAGUUGUUGGAUUUACAAAUAUUCUUGGCACCUCGCGUUACUCUAAAGCCCUUAGUUCCAAGUUUUCCAUGCUUUUCAAGCAUAACUGUUUCUUUGGUGGAGAAGCCUUUUGUUGACUUCGGACUCAAACUACUUGGUGUUGACAUCAUGGCUAUUCCUGUAUUAUAUCGCUUUGUUCAGGAUCAUAUUGCUUCUGAAAUUUCAAAUCUCUACCAUUGGCCUAAUGAUUUGGAGAUAAAAAUUCUGGAUAAUGCUAGCGGUGCCACCAAGAAACCUGUUGGAAUAUUACAUGUCAAGGUUGUACGUGCACUCAACCUCUUGAAGAUGGAUAUCCUUGGUAAAUCUGAUCCCUAUGUGAAAUUGAGUUUGAGUGGUGAAAGACUGCCAUCCAAGAAAACUUCAGUGAAGAUGAGCAAUCUUAAUCCUGAAUGGAAUGAAAAUUUCAAGCUUAUUGUGAAGGAUCCUCAAACCCAAGUUCUCCAGCUACGUUUGUAUGACUGGGAGAAGGUCAAAGCCCAUGAUAAAUUGGGCAUGCAGGUUGUGUCGCUGAAUUCACUUACCCCUUACGAGAUGAAAGAAUUCACUCUUGAUCUUCUCAAGAACUUGAACCCCAAUGAUCCGCAUAACAAAAAAAAUAGAGGAAAGGUUGUGGUGGAACUGACAUUUGAACCAUUUAGAGAAGAAUUUGACAAGUUCAGCGGCAUUUUAGACGGCGAAGGGAAGCUCAAAAGCCUGGGAAGCGCUUCUUCUCAAAGUUCAUCCGGUGGGGGUCUUCUUUCUGUAACUAUCGAAAGUGCAGAAGAUGUUGAAGGAAAGCAUCACAACAAUCCCUAUGCAGUAGUUCUCUUCAACGGAGAACGCAAAAAGACUAAGGUAAUCAAGAAAAGUAGAGAUCCACGGUGGAAUGAAGGGUUCCAGUUCAUGUUAGAAGAACCACCAGUUAACGAAGUGAUUCAUAUUGAAGUUAUAAGCAAAAGGAGACGUUUCAGCUGGCAUGCUAAGGAAUCUCUGGGCCAUGUCGAUCUUAACCUCGCGGAUGUCGUGAAUAAUGGACGCAUUAAUGAUAGAUUUAAUCUCAUAAACUCCAAGAAUGGAGUAAUUCACAUUGAGCUCAGAUGGAGCACCGUUUGAAGCAUCCCUAUCAUCUUCUUUUCAGUAGAAUUCAUUGAUUUAGGCUUCGUUUGGGACGACGGCUUUCUUACUGUUUCUUAAAACAACUUUCUAAUACAAAAAAAAAAAAAUGUUGUGCUAAGCUACUUUAAAAAACAGUAAGAAAGUCAUCCCUAAGGAAGCUUUAUUUUAGUUGCUAACCUUGCUGCUUAUGUCGUAAGCUGCAGUAAAGGCUUGAUUCAGGCUUCCUUUGGGACAAUCUUUUUAAUGCUUUCUAAAAUAGCUUUUUAGUACAAAAAUUUUUGAACUCAAAAUUUUUAUACUAGAAAUCUGCUAUAGAAAGCACCAACGAAGCCGUCCCAAACGAAGCCUCAGAUGCUCCUCCAAAACAGUUUUAGAAAGAGUGGCAAAUAAGUGUCUUGAAGCUAAAGCUAAAGGGUUGGGAUGAAUCUGAUGAAGAUGCUGGGUGCAAAUUUGGAAUCUGUUCCUUGUGCAAAUGAUAGAUUAUCUUAGUUCUUUAAUUGUUUCAUCAAAAUCGCCUUUUUAGGUGGCUGUAUAUGAUUAUUAUGGGCAAAGGGUGUAUCAACAAAGGUAACAACACAUUGUAUAUGGGAAUAUGUCACCAAUUUUCCGGCUUAAGUAUCAAAGACUUUGUUUGUGAUGGCGUUCUUAUUA